AAUUUACACGGAAAAUCCCGGCGUGCUUAGAGGCGGCGUAGAACAUGAAGGCGGCAGCGGCCAUGUUGGUUUAGGUUCUAAACCAGUGAACGCAGACAGAAUAGUAUUGGGAAAGGAGGACCCGGGUUUCUCGCAAUCCACAUCCAUCCGGGAGAUACCAUGAGCGGGGGUACUCCAUACAUCGGUAGUAAGAUCAGCCUGAUCUCCAAGGCUGAAAUCCGAUAUGAAGGCAUUUUAUAUACUAUCGACACGGAAAACUCUACAGUAGCUCUCGCUAAAGUUCGAUCCUUCGGAACAGAGGACCGGCCGACUGACCGACCCAUACCUCCCCGAGAUGAAGUAUUUGAAUAUAUUAUUUUCCGUGGAAGUGAUAUUAAAGACCUUACUGUCUGUGAGCCACCCAAACCUCAGUGUUCCUUGCCUCAGGACCCUGCCAUUGUACAGUCUUCAUUAGGGUCCUCCUCUGCUUCCUCGUUCCAGUCUGUGAGCUCUUAUGGGCCAUUUGGCAGAAUGCCUACAUACAGUCAGUUUAGCACAAGUCCUCUUGUGGGGCAGCAGUUUGGUGCUGUUGGUAGUUCUUUGACCUCUUUUGGAGCAGAAACAACAAGCAGCACAUCUUUACCCCCAAGCAGUGUUGUUGGAUCCACUUUCACGCAGGAGGCAAGAACUUUAAAAACACAGUUAUCCCAAGGUCGAUCAAGUUCCCCAUUAGAUUCCUUAAGAAAGAGCCCAACCAUUGAACAAGCUGUGCAGACUGCAUCAGCCCCUCACCCCCCAUCCUCCGCUGCUGUAGGCAGAAGAAGCCCCGUUCUGUCUAGACCCUUACCAUCCUCAAGCCAAAAAACUGCUGAGAGUCCCGAACAAAGGAAAGGUGAACUACACAAAAUCCAGAGGCCAGACACGGAGCAAAAAAACGAUUACAAAAAUGACCUGAGCAGGAGACAACCAGUUUUAAGUGCUGCUCAGCCUAGGAGAGGUCGAGGGGGAAAUCGAGGUGGUCGUGGAAGAUUUGGAGUUAGAAGAGAUGGACCUAUGAAAUUUGAAAAAGAUUUCGACUUUGAAAGUGCUAAUGCACAGUUUAACAAAGAGGACAUUGACAGAGAAUUUCAUAAUAAACUGAAAUUAAAAGAUGAUAAACCUGAGAAGCCAUUAAACGGAGAGGAUAAAACCGAUUCUGGAGUUGACACGCAGAACAGUGAAGGCCAUGCAGAGGAGGAGGAUGUAUUGGCUGCUGGAGUUUGCUACUAUGAUAAAACCAAAUCUUUCUUUGAUAGCAUCUCCUGUGAUGAUAAUAGGGAUAGAAGACAGACGUGGGCAGAAGAAAGAAGAAUGAAUGCUGAAACAUUUGGCCUCCCUCUCCGUUCAAACAGAGGUCGUGGUGGUUACAGAGGGAGAGGUGGGGGUAUGGGCUUCCGUGGAGGGAGAGGCCGUGGCGGAGAGAGGAGAGGUGCACCAGGAGGUGUUGGUGGCUUUGGACCUUCUCGGGGUUACCGUGGUGGUUCCAGAGGAGGCAGAGGUGGUAGAGAAUUUGCAGAAUAUGAAUACAGAAAAGACAACAAAGUAGCAGCCUAGUAAAGGAUGAAGGAGUGUCCAAGUGGAUUUUAUAAUCAUUUGCGGUCCAUUGAACUUGUUUUCAGUCUUGUGAAGAACGAAAUUUAUCUUGCUGUAUAUUGUCACCAGCACUGGGGGGGGGUUUAUGCCAAAAAAGUGUUUUAGGGUCCUUCUGUUUAUUGGCUACUUCUGCACAAUGGAUCCCUGUAACACUAAAGGGUGUAGAAUGGGCUUUGCUCAGUCUGUAUCUAUUUUCUUUUUUCAUUUUUGAAAAAAAAAAAAAAAUCUUUAAAAAAAAAAAAAAAGUUGAGCAUUAUCUAUAUUUCAGAUAGAAGUCAUUUUCUGAAAUAGAAAACUGAAAAAGUUGUUUUGGUAUGUAUAGCUGAACAAAAUACAAGAGAAGCAGUACUUUGCAAUGUGGUUUUUUUUUUUUUCCUACCAACACUGAGGAUUUCCCCAACUAUAUUCAAUUGCUGCAAGAUCUAUUCAGAAAGCUGUCCGUACUGUGCGAUAUAUGAUCCAAAAAUGGCUUUAUGCUACAUGCAGCUGUCCAACGAGCAACCAAAUGUUGCACUGGUUUGGCUUUUUUUUAAAUUUUAAAGCAGCAAUAGGUGUUGGGUGAGGAUGGUAACAUGAGCAGCACUGUAGCUACAUACUAGAGUUUCUUAGGUAAAGGACAUUUUUUUUUAUAGUUGUACAAUUCCAUUAUAUUCCCACUGCCAAAGAAACAUGGAGAGCUUUUUAUAGCUGUAAAAAUAAAUCUUAGAAGUCAGCACAUCUAAUGGGUUUGCAAAGUGAUAACACUCAAUUUGAUUGUCACUUUUUGCAUCACAUAUAUAAUGAGCAAGUAUUGUUUAAAAGGUAUAUAAACACUAUCUGAGCUGCCAAGUAGAUGGAUAUAUACACAUGCACCCAUUUUUUUUUUUUUUUUUGGUCAGGGCAUACCUGAUUUCAUUAAAAUAAAGGGGACCAACAAUAGUCUGACUUCAGACUUCCCCAGCUCCAUUUUAGGCUGCUGGUCAUUUAAUCCCUUACCUUGUUCUAUGGCACUUAGUCAUUAUUAUUUUCAUUGUGAUUAUCUUGAAAAGCAGAUGGUCUUCUAGAUACUGUAAUAUGGAGAAGGUGGGGUUAAAUAACCACUGGCCGACUAAGGAAGAAUGGUGUAAUGGUCCAUUUUUAAAUCAGACAAUCUAUAAUGGUUCCUCCCAUCUGUAGUAUUGUGUAUAUUUAUUAUUGGCUGUUCAGAUUGUGUUGUGCACUCUUUUUCAGCAGAAUGAAUUUGUCAAAAGGGGGGGGGAGAUGCACGUUAAAAUUGACUUUAGUCUCUAUAAACAGAAACUUAAAAAUGACGAAAAUGAAAAAUGUAAUUAGCUUCAGCCUGCUGAAAUAAAAAACUUUCUAAAUACAAUCAAUUAAAAAUUCUGUACCGUUUCUGAAAUAAUCAGGUUUUUCUUCUUGGGAUGCACCGAAUUCACUAUUUUGGAUUCAGCAGAAUCCUUCAAGAAAGAUUCCGUUGAAUGCUGAACUGAAUCCUAAUUUGCAUAUGCAAAUUAGGCGUGGGAAGAGGAAAACAUUUUUUACUUGUUUGGAGACAAAAAGCCGUGUGAUUUUCCUCCCCGGCCCUUAAUUUGCAUAUGCAAAUUCGGAUUCCGUUCAGACGCACAG